AUGGUGAACAUCUGGACGUCUGCGCUUCUGGGCGCCUCCGCGCUGAGCACGUACGCUGGAGCCCAACAACACGGCGAUACAACACAACUACUCUCGUACGCCAACGUCACGUCUCUCCUCGACACCAUCAUUGCUCGCGGGUACAUGAACGUCGGCACAACAGGAGACUAUAAACCGUUCACGUACCUCGUGACAAACCAGACCACUCUGCCAAACACAACGGCGAUCAAUACGACCUACAUUGGCGCCGACAUCGACGCCGCGCAGUCGCUGUCCAACGCCCUCGGCCUCCCCAAACCUCCCCGCCUGGUCGCGACAAAGUGGGCAAACAUCACGAGCGACCUGUCGGCCGGCAAAUUCGACAUCGCCAUGGGCGGCGUCAGUCUGACCCUCGCGCGAGCCAAGACCGCCUUCUUCUCCACCGCCAUCCAGAGGGUCGGCAAAACGGCGUGCAUCCGCUGCGCCGACGCGGACAAGUAUACCGACCUCGCGUCGCUCGACCAGGCCGGCGUCAAAGUCGCCGUCAACCCCGGUGGGACCAACGAGGCGUUUGACAGGGCGAACCUCAAGUCUGCGACGAUUGUCAUGGUGGAGGAUAAUAAUGCCGUGUACCAGGCGGUUUUGGAUGGCUCGGCCGAUGCCAUGAUUUCUGAUCUCAUCGAGGUCGAGUUGCAAGUCAAGCUACACGAGGGCGAGCUGUGCAUUGCCAACCCGGAUGAGCCGUUCAACUUUGAAGAGUUGGCGUAUGCGGUCCCUAGAGAUAUUGUGUGGAAGCAUUUCGUCGAUGCUUGGGUUCAUGUUCAGCUUGGCAGUGGUGGUUGGAAUGGCACACUCGAGAAGUGGUUGAACUACAAGUGGCCGAGUGUAUGA